UCCCUAAAUUUUCAAAAUUUAGGAAUCUGCCUCGUUUUCAGGCUAUAAAAACCGCGCGUCCAAACGCCUGACCUGACUUUCGUAGACAAUUUUGGAGAAAUGGCGUCACGCUACGAGCUCGAAGUCACCAUAAUCUCCGCCGAGGACCUCAAAAACGUCAACUGGCGCCACGGCAAGCUCAAGCCCUACGCCGUCGUCUGGCUCGACCCAAGCAAGAAGUCCUCCACACGCGCCGACGAGGAGGGCGACGCUUCGCCUCACUGGAACGACAAGCUGCUCAUCCCCUUUAAUUCGCUGAUCGAUGAUUCCACCCUUUACGUCGACGUCGUCCACGCUAACGCCGCCGAGGGUACCAAGCCGCUCAUCGGAUCGGCGAAGCUCUCCGUCCGUGACAUUGCCGAAAACGUCGGAUUGGGGAAUGUCGCCGAGCGUAAGCUCGAUCUGAAGCGUCCCUCCGGGAGGCCUCAGGGCAAGCUCCAGGUCAAAGUCACUGUCCGCGAGCCGCGCUAUCACGCGCCGGCCCCCUGCUAUGCCAUGCCGUACGGUGUGCCUCCCCCGGCGUUCGGGGAUUACGUGCAGCCUCCGCAGACAGCGUACGGUAGCCCUUACGGCGUGCCUCCGACUUAUGGUGCUCCGCCAUCGGGGUACCCCGGCUACGCCGCGCCACGCUCUUACGGGCAGCUGGCUCAGGAACAGGGCAGUAACUACGGGCAGCAGCAGGGGUAUGCUGCGGAGGAGAAGAAGAAGAGUAAAUUUGGAGGGAUAGGGACGGGAUUGGCUGUGGGUGCGGUUGCAGGGGCGUUGGGUGGACUGGCGCUGGCGGAGGGAUUUGGUGCGCUGGAGCACAAGAUUGCGGAUGAUGCAGCUGAUCGAGUGGAGAAUGAUUUGGGUUAUGAUGGAGAUGAUUACUAGGGAACAUUGGAAUUUCGGAAAUAUUAUCAAUAAUUGGCAGAGUCGUGAAAAAAAAUAAUAUUAAGAAUUGGGAGAAAAGAAGAAAUAUUAUCAAUUAUUAAAGCAUGGUGUUGAAGAAUUUAAGGCAUGAUUUGGGUUUUAACUAUGUGUCUUUUGUCUAUUAGUAUUUUCUCCAAUAUGAUAAAGUUCAUCUAAAAUCCACCUA